AAUGAAGGAAAUGACAAUUAUGAUACCAACGUGACUUUAAUAGUUUCUCCGACUGUUUCUGCCACGAUGGAGCAAAGGAACAACACGGUGGUGGCAGUGUGCAGAGCUGAAGGAGGAAAUCCUGCUGCCAACAUCAGCUGGAGUUUUACAGGAAACUCAGAGCCUGAGACAUCGCUGUCUGACUCAGAUGGAUUAGUUACAGUAGAGAGCGUUUUGAAGAUCCCUGCUGGCAUGAGUCGAGAAAACCUGAGCUGUAUCAUCCAGCACCCRUCUUGGGAUCAAGAGAAGAUGGUUAUUGUAAAAGCUGAAAAAGAUGUUCAAUGGCAUUGGAUCUUUAUACCUGUCAUUGGGGUGGUUGUUGUACUUCUGGCAGGCAUCUCAACAUUUGCACUAAAAAAAUUUAAACUGCUAAGACGUCAACAGUCAGACACCCUAGACAAAUCACCACGGAUGGAGGAUGUGGAGGAAGUGGAGCCCUAUGCUAGCUAUGUUCAACGUGUGAACUCAAUCUACAACUAAGCUGCAGAUACGUUUGCACAUUAUAAAAAAAUCCUGCACAUGCAAAAGUCACACGCUUAAAAGCACAUCUCGGGACGUUGUGAGAAACUGAAGGCUGUGAAACAAAGAAACGGUGAAGUAGUACUGGGGCAGCAGAAUGAGAUCAAAGGUUUCCGAUGAGAGAGGGAAGCCUCUCAGUUCAGACCUAACAAACUGCACAGACUGWUGGAACAGGGGAUGUACACGUUGUCACACUUCUGCUGCCAUUCACAGCAAAURCUGCCCACUCCUCAAUGAGUGGGUCUAAUGGAGAACAUUGAUUAUUACUACAAAUGCACAAAAAGAAAAAAAAUCCAUUGAGGUGGAAAAUACAGUACUGCAAGUCUGAUGCUGGACCACGACUACAGACUUUGGAGAUUUUCUGUAACUGUAUAUAAUUAUAAUUAUUUAUCAAAGAGAUGUACAGUGAAAUAGACUCUUAUUUAGAAGAGACUCAGCCUCACUGAAGCAAAUAGCUCAUGUAUUUCAGAGUUGCCGAUCAGGUAAAUAUUCUGUAAAAAUUGUGUAUUUAACUUAAUAAAUUAUAUGCUGAAUAAAA